UGUGUGGCAGAGGCAGAAAAACAAGUGCAUGCUGUUCGGAGGAUUCAAAAGUGGGACAUUACUGGAUGUUGAAGUCAUUUUUUGAUACCUCGUCUUGCGUCUCGGCUUCACUGAGGUUGUUAGCUCUUGCAUCGUAAGACAUCCAGUGUCUAGGUAUUGCAGGUUGCGCUGUUGAGGUUUUCUUAAACUCGAUAUGAGUAAGUAUAACAGUGACCUGACUCAGCGGGAGCAGGAGCGACUCAAAUUUCGUCGAGACAGUGACACUAAAGCUGCUGAACUUGUUAAGAUGGAGAAGAUGCUGCAGCAGACCAAGAACCUGCUCGACAAGAAGGCAGAGCCUGGCUCAGAGAGCAUGGACUACCAGGAAAACAUGGUUGAGGACCUGGAGGAGAAAGUGCGCUGCAGCAGACGGCACAGGAGAAAUUCCCUACAUCACACUCAGAUGCUGGAGAGCCAGAUGAAGACAGUGAAAGGUGAGUUGGUCGGCACACUGGACCAUCUUCAGGAGCUGAGGAAUGUCUUGCGUCGCUCACAGCAGAAAGCAGAAGAGCGCAAAGCAGCGAUGGAGAAGCUGGCAGCGGGGCUCAGGUGAACUCUGUGCUCUGCGGCUGCUUUUGAUUUGAAACACGGCUCUGACCAUUUCAAGCUCCAGUACACCAAGUGAAUAUCUGACCUGACAUCCUACAUCGCCAACGAAGCUGAGCAGAGGUCGCAUGUAACGAGACCGCACCCAUACACCAGUUAAAUACUAGAAGAAAGAGACUUAAGUAUGUUGGUCCUCUUCCUCUGCAGUGAGGCCAUCAUUUUGCAUCACUAAAGACUACAUCCAAGGACUAUCCAUGGUAUUUCCGAAGCUGCUUCUGACAAAUGAUCAAAGUUUGCAUCUUCUUUUUCCUUGCUUUUCCCAAUUUUUUUCUUAUUACACUCAUAUUUUGAGGGUUUUGUAUCAACAUGUUUUGAAAUUGUUUUCGUUUUUUGCCAAGCUCCUGUUUCUCUGUAUUUUGUGGAAACAAUCUGAAGAUGAUCACAAGUCACUGCUGCUUAUUCCUCUGGGUAAGACACUGAUCCAUAGUUGUCUGAGAUAUGAAGAUUAAAGUUGUGCGAUGUUUUUUUCUCCGAAAAAUCCCACCUCGCCUUCAUCUCUCAUAAAUGUUUCUUCUUGGUUGAUCUGUGAUCAUCCAUCACCUCUGCCAUCUGUCAACUUUAUUUGGACAUUUGUUUCCAUCAGAAAAACAAGUUUAAUUGGUUCAACCCUGCCACUAGCAAGUAAUCUGUCUUUUACAAUCUAGGUCUGUAAUUUAAUCAACUAAUAAGUUAUUGUAAUGGUGAUAAAUCCUUCCACACUGAUUUUAAUGAAUUGUUUAUAGCCAGCUUUCACAUGUCUAUAGUAUAUAAACAGGAAUAAAAGGCACAGAUAUAACUGUUUAACUGGCAGCGAACACAUAAAUCAUCCUGAGAUAUGAUCAUGAAAAUGUAUUAUAGACAGUUUAAUACACAGAGUUAUGCAGAUGCAUUUCUUUUCUUUGUAAUAUAUUUGAGUUUUUGUUGCUGUGCAGAAACUCUCAGUGUUUUCCCUCUGGGAUCAAUAGUCUGUUGUCUGUGUCUUGCGGUGAGUCAUCUGAAAGCUCCAUUUGUGCCUGUGGCUGAGAUGGGAUCACAUUGAAUUUAGUACAGCUUGUUUCACACCUCAUGUCACAUGCUGUGAGGCUGUGAGGCUUUGAGGCGAGUUCUGACCCUGUCCUGGACAUUUAACUGUCAUUAUGACACAGUGAGAGCGCAAAGUCUGUUAUAUCUGUUAUAUUAUCUGAAGUUUCCUGUCUCUGAUUUUAAAUAAAGCUGUCUCAAACAGCUUCAUAUCUUUGCUCACAUGUAAGUGAUGAUUAUACAAUUAUGACUAUUACUAUAAUCCUACCAAUAAAUGGAGAAAUCUCUA